GUGUGAGGCUCCAUCUGUUUUCCAGCAUAUUUGUGGUUUCCUCCUCCUCCUAGACAACAUCUGACCAGGAGGAACAGGGGAAGAGAAGGAGCCACUGGACUGUGAUGUGCCUGUAAAGAAACGCUGACUGAGAGGAAGGGAAGAGAAACAUCCUCCUGCUAUGACCCGACAAGUACGCAGAGACAGUUUUGCUAAGACAGGUUGGAACACACUGCUCUGACUUCUCUCAUCCUUCUGGGUCUGGACAGGAGCAGGCCAUGGUCAACCAAAGCUCCCCAGUGGACUUCCUCCUUCUGGGCUUCUCUGAAUACCCAGGACUUGAAAGAACCCUCUUCAUCAUUGUCUUCACUUCCUACCUCCUGACUCUGAUGGGCAACACACUCAUCAUCCUGCUGUCUGUGCUGGACCCCAGGCUCCACUCUCCUAUGUACUUUUUCCUCUCCAACCUCUCCUUCUUGGACCUCUGCUUCACCACAACUUUUGUUCCCCAGAUGCUGGUCAACCUCUGGGACCCAAAGAAGACCAUCAGCUUCCUUGGCUGCUCUGUCCAGCUCUUCAUCUUCAUGUCCUUGGGAACCACUGAGUGCAUCCUCCUGACAGUGAUGGCCUUUGACCGCUAUGUGGCUGUCUGCCAGCCCCUCCACUAUGCGACCGUCAUCCACCCCCGCCUAUGCUGGCAGCUGGUGGCUGUAGCCUGGGUUAUGGGUCUUGUCCAAUCAAUAGUACAGACACCACCCACGCUCCGCCUGCCCUUUUGCCCCCACCGGAAGAUAGAUGACUUUUUAUGUGAAGUCCCUUCUCUAAUUAGACUAUCCUGUGGAGAUACCACCUUUAAUGAAAUCCAGUUAGCUGUGUCCAGUGUCAUUCUCGUGGUUGUGCCCCUAAGCCUCAUCCUUGUCUCUUACUGUGCCAUUGCCCGUGCAGUACUAAGGAUUAAUUCUGCAAAAGGGAGGAAGAAGACUUUUGGGACCUGCUCCUCCCAUCUCAUGGUUGUCACUAUCUUCUACAGUUCAGUCAUUGCUGUCUACCUCCAGCCUAAAAAUCGCUAUGCCCAGAAGAGAGGCAAGUUCUUUGGUCUCUUCUAUGCAGUAGGAACUCCUUCACUUAACCCUCUGAUAUACACCCUGAGGAACAAGGAAGUAAAGAGGGCAUUCAGGAGGUUGCUGGGGAAGGAUGAGGACCCCAGAGAGAGCUGA